GUUCUGUACCAGCCCAUGAGACGAAUGAACUACAUUUCCCAAGGACCUCAGCGUGCGACUCUCAACGCCAUCCGAACGUCCGGAUCCCGAAGGCAACCACGGAGUGGUCUUACCUGGGCGGGAGGACCCCCCAGGUUGGCGCUGUGGCCAUUGGGAAAUGUAGUUAUAGCUGGCGUCCCUCUCCCCGGUCGUGCGCUGGUCUGGCGGCAGUGGGACUACAAGUCCCAAGGGGCGGUGGAGACGCAGGACCGAGGGCGGGGGGCCCGAAAGAGGAGCCUUCCCGCGGGCGGAGGCAUCUGAAGAGGAGGCGGCUGCGGGCGGGAAGCACGUGCAGGACUUGAUUCUGGGCAUUAGGAACAUAGACUGUCAGGGCUGGAAAGGACCUCACCAGUGCCUAUGGCCAGAUCGCUUCCCAGAAUCUUGUUCUUCAAUGCAGAAAAUCCUAUGCUGGGGGAUUACCAAAGAAGCCAAAGAGAAAUCAGUCAGCCGGUCCACAGCCGUUGAGGACAGCCGAGCACCACCCCAGGGAGGAGCCCAAUGGGACGAUCCAUCUUCUAACCAAGUCUUUCCUCCUGGAACUUCCAGUCUAGUAGGAAGAUAGACAGAACCAGCCAGCCGUGAUCCGAAACCCGGCAGUGAGGUGCUGGGUGUGGCCUAGUCUGGGCCUGCCUCGGUGGGGAGCCAGGACUGAGGAGACUCGUUGCCUAGCAACCACAGGCCUGCCAUUGCCAGGAAACAGCCCUCCGCAGCUGGUCCAGGCCUCUGGAUGUCUUCAGUUUCUCCCCUAGAUAAGAUCUCUUGCAUUCCCGAGCAUGGCAGUCCCUUAUGUCAUCCUCCUGGCUAGACUUUGGGCUGAAGCUGUGAGCACGCCCACAGAAGGUGCGGUGCCACAGCCAGAAUGUUGCAUGGACGUGCUUUAUGUCAACGUUAGCUGCCCAGACACAGACCAGUGUGCUUCAGGCUGCUACUGGCACUGGAACGUGGAUGGGAGCCGCAGCUGCCUUCAGUGCAGAAACGAGAGCUUUCCCGUUGCGGGGGCUUACGCGACGGAGUGCAGAAGCAUUGGCAACAAAGAAAUUAACUACACGUCCUACCGGACCACGGUGACGCCCUUCCUGCAGACCCUGGGGGGCCCCCAGGUGGCCAUCUCCCUCUUCCUGGGCACGUUCUUCAUCAGCUCCUGCCUCAUCCUCUCCAUCGCUUUGUUCUUCUACUUCAAACGGUCCAGCAAGCUCCCCCACUUCUUCUACAGAAGAAACAAAGCAUCUGUCUUACAGCCUGGAGAAACCGCUGCCAUGAUCCCGCCUCCGAAUUCUUCAGUCCGGAAGCCGCGCUACGUCCGGCGGGACCGGUCGCUGACGAGACCCUCCACGCCCACCAUGAUCGCCUCGGUCCAGACGCGGGUCAGCAACGUCUAGCGCCAGCGUUGGCCCGAGGACGGCAUCCAUGGACGGUCGGCAGCCUUCUCCGCCCCCCGGGGGCCGGGAAAGAGCAUCCAAGGCGGCCGAGUCUCCAGCAGACGGGCCUGUGCCAAAUUGGGCACAAAGAGCCAGCGGGAAGUGGAGGGAGAAGGAGCCCUGCAACCUCCAAGGCCAGCCUUUGAAAUCCUCCUCUUAUCUGGGUUUUAGAUCUGUCGCUUAGCAACAGAGACCCUUUGAAAUGUGCCCACAGCUCGACUUGCCUAAAAAGUCAUUUCCUCCCUCUCUGGUCCUUACAUCUUGCCUGGAGCAGGGUGCCGGCACCCUCCCAGAAGGGCUUCCUGCUCCUCCAAGAGGACCCGGGGCAGGCCUCCUCCUGGUUCGCUCCCUGCUGUCCACAGGCCAUUUGGGAAGGGGCAUCUCCAAGUCCACAGUGCACACACCCAAGAUCUUUCGCUUUUCCGGGGCUUUGGGCAUCUUCUCUGGGUAGAUGCCCCCUCAUCCCCACCUCCAUUUCCCGCUCCCCUAAGCUAAGGACAUUGGGACCCGCCAGCCUUUGGUAAAGGUUAGCCCACUGCCCCUGUCAGGCCGCUAUCUGGCUUGCUUUCGAGGUGGGCCUGCUAGUUCCUGAAACAAAAGCGGACCUCCAGGCUCCCCUCUGCUGCCUGGACCCCGGAGGUCCUGUUUGCAAGAAUAACUGCAUCCCACUCUGGUCCUGGAGAGGGCUGCAUCGCCGUCAGCUGCCAGCCAGGGCCCAGGCUUACGGGCUCGUUAGGGGCAUGAACAAGCCAGCCAAGUGCCCUCAUUUAGGCUUACCAGGCACAUUUUACAGGAGUGGCCGUUGGCUCAGGCCUCCCCCAUCCUAGCUGGGACCUCUGGGCCACAAAGAAAAGUCAGGGGAGUAGGGAGCUCGGAAGGAGGCCUCAGAUCCAGCAGCACUGUGGGCCUAGAACGGAUUUAAAUCCGUCGCUGUGCCAAGGAGUCCCCUGGGAAAGAGCAGCCAGCAGCCACCCCUGCCCAGGCGGGAUGGGGGGGCUGAGAAGAGGGACUGACAGCCAGAGUCCCGGAGGGAAAGGCAAGCUUCCUGCCCUCACCCAGGGCAGGCGAGCCAGCCCUUUAGGUGCCCCCCUAGACACAGAAUAGAUGUCUUGGCAACGUUUCUUAUGGGAUGGCCUUUGUAGAAGCAUCUGAUGCUCGUGUUUUCAUCGAGUGACUUCUGUACAUGGGAGAGCAUGCUAACAGAGCCAAGCGGGGGAAGGAGCAGCUAGUCGCCUCUCUGCAACUCCUUUGCUCCGUUGGUGCUCCCUUAAUGCACCAUCAGCAUUUUGCUCCUCCCCCAGACAGAGUGACUGACGGAACGGAUCCCAGAGCUAUGAUUUGGAGCGUGAGGUCAAGGGCAGAAAGAUACUGGAUCUCCGAGGCCCAGGGGGUAUGGCGUAGCCCAUAAGCAGCAGGGUUAAGACUUGAGCCGCAGUAGGUCACCCACCAACCUGAAAAUUCAAGUCCUAUCUAGGGAACCCCCCAAACCAAGUCCACGAACGUUGAAAUCCCAUUGAGCAAGGGACGUCCGCCCUGGGCUUUUGCUCGAUUUGGCCAGCUAGAGGCUGGCUUCCAGCUCAGAGGAGACCUGUAGAGCCUUGUCCGGGGCCAGUGAGGCCACUUCCAGAAGAGGCAGGUGAGAAUCCCUCCCCAGUCCUUCCACUGGGGCCAGCUGGGGGCUGGCAAUGAGUCCCCUCGCUGCUGGCGUAAGGACGAGUGUCAAUGACCAACAGUGUUCCCAGAGCCCCAGCCUCACGGCCCUGGGCAGAUUGGGAGGGAGGGGAGGUGCCAGUGUUGUAAGGUGAUGCCGAGGCUUCUUGGCAAUGACCAAGAGCUUUCCUUCCUCCCAGCCAUCAUCCGGCACCCGGGCAAUUCUAAUCCAAUGGAUACCUGUGCCCGUUGACCAACCGAGUCCGUGCUGAGCCUCCUGCCCCAUCCCUUUGCACUGUGAUGCUCACCGUGAUGUUUUGUAUCUUUUUUUACUGCCAACUUUAAUAAAUGCUCAUGUACCGGGA